UUGUGUUUUGUGUUGACGUCGACUGGUUUUGCAACGAUGAUUCACAUUAACCAAACUCUGCAGAUCCUCUGUUUACACGUGAGACGGUCUGUAGAAACUCACCGCGCUUCAGUUUGAUCCGACGCUCGAGACGAACUAAACCGAGGAAGCGAUCGAACAUUUGGAACGAAAUUAAACUCAAAUUAUUUCUCCUGAUUUUCUUCCACAGUCGUCAGACUGUUUCUGUCUUCGGAGGUGAAGGUAGAGAAGAAGAGGAGUGGUGCAGCUGCAGAGUUGCGGUCAUGGGAAGGAAAGAAGUCAAGACAAAGGAGACAGACGAGAGGAAACAAACUGAGAAUUUAAACAUCCAGCAACAACGGAGCAACAUUAUAAAACCAUCUGAGUCGAAUUUCCCCCGGAUGAAUGUAAGACCAACCUCGAGAACAUCCCCAACCCUUCAACGUUGAGGCUUCACGAACACAAACAAGAUUCACCGAAGACUGAAGAUGGAUAAAAAUGGUGUGGAGAGAGGACCAGCGUUUUCAACAGCCAGUUCUGUUUCUGUCAGGACUGACCGCUCAAGAGAAUAUCCUCCAGACUUGAGCAUUGAAUCCACACCUUCAGAAGGAAGACUUACUGAAGACCUGGAAUUGGGUAAACGUGGACCAGAGGGAGGAACAGCAUUUUCUAACGCCAGUUUUGGUUCUGCUAAAACUGAUCGAUCAAGAGAAUAUCCUCCAGACUUAUCCACUGAAACCAGACCCUCAGAAGGAAGACUCAUUAAAGAUGUGGAGAUCGGUAAACGUGGACCAGAGGGAGGAACAGCAUUUUCUACUGCCAGUGUUGGUUCUGCUAAAACUGAUCGAUCAAGAGAAUAUCCUCCAGACUUAAAAACUGAAACCAGACCCUCAGAAGGAAGUGACCAGACAUCGUCAAACUUUCAGCAGGAUUCAGCCACCCAGAAGUUAUUUGAAUCCAAAGUCACUGACCUUGUAAAGCAAGCUCUGAUGGUACAUGAGAAGGUCCUGUCUACACCACAACAAGGACUCUCCGAUGAAGAUGUACAUAAAACAAGGAAUGAAGCAAACGAAGCAGCUCUGAAGAUUGCCCUCUAUGUCUUGAGGACCAUGAAUGAAGAAGAACGUGCUCGUACACUUGAGCAAAGUCAUUAUGGAGAACUCGUUGUGCACCAACGAAAACAAAAAUCUUUCCUGAAGAAGAAAAAUGAGUACUUGUUGCAAGAGAUAAAUACACAACAAUGUCCAGUGCCACUCAAACAGAUUUAUACUACGCUCUAUCUGAUAGAAGGCGACAGUGAAAAUGUCAACAGCGAACAUGAAGUGAGACAAAUUGAGAAAGCCAUUAACAAACGGAAGUCUGUGGAAAUUCUGAUCAGUUGUGAGGACAUCUUCAAGCCCUUACCGAAACUAAACAAACCAAGAGUGGUGCUCACCAAGGGAAUAGCAGGCAUCGGCAAAACCGUGUUGUCCCAGAAGUUCAUGCUGGACUGGUCAGAGGAGAAGGCCAAUCAAGACAUCCAGCUCCUGUUUUCACUUCCUUUUAGGGAGCUGAAUUUGCUUAGAAAUGAAAAAAGAAGUUUGAUGGAGCUUCUGUAUGACUUUGAUCCAGACCUGAAAGUAUCUGGAAUCAAAGACCUGAAGGCGUACAAAGUCCUGUUUGUAUUGGACGGUCUUGAUGAAUGCAGACUCUGUCUGGAUUUUGAGGGAAAUGAUAGAUGUCAUGAUGCUACACAGUCUGCCCCAGUGGAGGUGCUGCUGACAAACCUCAUUGCAGGUAAUCUGCUGCCAGAAGCUUAUCUGUGGAUAACAACCCGACCUGCUGCAGCCAGCUGUGUCCCUUCACAGUAUGUUGACCGGGUGACUGAGAUACGAGGCUUCAACAACCAACAGAAAGAGCAGUAUUUCCACAAGAAAAUUGAGGAUGAAAACUUGGCCAAAAGAGUCAUCGCAAAUAUAAGGUCUACCAGAAGUCUCUACAUCAUGUGUCAUGUGCCAGUGUUUUGCUGGAUUUCUUCUAUUGUCCUGGGAGAAAUGUGCGCUAAAGCAGGAGUAGGAAAGUUGCCAAAGACUUUGACUCAGAUGUACAUCCACUUUUUGGCACAUCAGACCACACAGAUGCGUGUCAAGUACUCUGAGAAGCAAGAACUGGACUCCCAGGGGAAUAACAAGGUGAUUAUGUCACUUGGGAAGUUGGCCUUCCAGCAGCUGGACAAAGGCAACCUGAUCUUCUACGAGGAGGAUCUCAGAGAAUGUGGUAGUGAUGUCCAAGAAGCAUCUGUCUACUCUGGAUUGUGCACUCAAGUCUUUAGGGAAGAGUCCUGCAUGCAGAAAAAAGUCUUCUGCUUUGUACAUCUGUCUGUCCAAGAGUUUCUCGCAGCUUUGUACGUUAAUGUUACGUACAAGGUCAGUGGUGAAAACCUGAUGACCAAAGAACCUAAACCAUUCGCCAAAACAAAGCCUGUAUCUGAGCUGCACAAAGCUGCAGUGGACAGAGCUUUAAAAAGCGAAAACGGUCACCUGGAUCUCUUCCUGCGUUUCCUCCUCGGACUGUCUCUGGAGUCCAAUCGGAAUCUGCUCAGAGACCUGAAGAUUCAGGUAGAAACCUGCGACUCCCAAAGUCAUUUGGAAACCAUCGAGUACAUAAAGGAGAAAAUAAGUCAGACUCAUCAUACGGAGAGGUAUAUCAAUCUCUUCCACUGUCUGAAUGAGUUAAACAACCACUCUCUGGUGGAAGAGAUCCAGAGCUACUUGGAGUCAGACCAAGACUCAGUGAUGGACGAGCGCUCUGCAGCUCAGUGGGCAGCUCUGGUCUUUGUGUUGCUGACCUCACCGGAGAAACCAGAAGAGAUCCACCUCAAGAAAUACUCCAGAACAGAAGAGGGCCUUUCCAGGCUCCUACCAGCCAUCAAAACAUCUAGGACAGCAAUGUUGAAUGAUUGUAAUCUUACUGCACACUGCUGUGAGGAGCUGUCCACAGUCUUCAGCUCAUGCUCUAUGGAGCUGAAUCAUUUAAACUUAAGUGACAACAACAUAAAAGACUCAGGAAUUGAGUUUCUCUGUGCCGGACUCAAGAGUCCACGUUGCAGACUGAAGACGCUGAGGCUCAACAGAUGCAGUCUCACCUCCAGAUGCUGUAAAGAUCUGGCUUCAGUUCUGAGCUGUCCCUCAUCACGUCUUGAAGAGCUGGACCUGAGUGACAAUGACAUCGAAGACUCAGGAGUAGAGCUGCUCUCCACCGGACUGGGAAAUGUGUGCUGUAAACUGAAAACCCUAAGGUUGUCGUUCUGUAGCAUCACAGAGAAAGGUUGUGGUUUCUUGGCCACAGCAGUAAAGUCCAACGCUUCCCACCUGGAAGAGGUGGACCUGAGCUACAAUCACCUUGGAAAGUCUGGAGCGACGCUCAUCUCCGAGGCUCUGGUGGAAGGAAAAUGUGAAUUUACUAAACUCAGAGUCGACCACAAUGCAGAACACUGGUAUAAACCAGGACUGAAACGAUAUGCAUGUGAGCUCACAAUCGAUCUCAACACAGUUCACAAACUCCUCAUCCUCUCUGACGGGAACCGAAAAGUUACCCAGGGCAGAACGAAGCAGCCAUACCCCGAUCACCCUGACAGGUUUGACUACUGGACCCAGGUCCUGUUCCAGCAGGGCCUGGACAGCCGCUGUUACUGGGAGGUGGAGUGGAAAGGACACUGGGCCGGGAUCGGAGUGACCUACAAGGAUAUCAAGCGCAAAGGGCCGGAUAACAACUGUGUGAUUGGAUACAAUAAAAUCUCUUGGAGUAUCCACUGUUGUGAUCAUGGCUAUCGUGCUUAUCAUGACUUCAAGGGCAUUGUCCCCCAGGUCCCUGUGGCUGGUUGUCAGAGACUGGCGGUGUAUCUGGACUGGGACGGAGGUGUCCUGUCUUUCUACAGAGUCUCUCCUGAAGGGUCACUGACACACCUUCACACCUUCGUCUCUGAAUUCACUGAACCUCUUUAUCCAGUUUUCAGAGUGUGGGGCAAAGGCCACUCACUGAGGCUCUGUCAGGUGAAAUAAUCUGUCAAAAGGAAAAAGGCAUGAACAGUCAAAAUGAUCAACUGUAAAUACUGUGCUUUCUUUUGAAAAGAAACCGCUCAAAAUGAUGUAAGUUAAAGACAGUGUAAACAUCUAAUAAUACAUCUAUGUAGGGCUGAACUGAAUGUCUUGAAGCUUCAAAGGUUCUUCCCUUGCCAGGGUAAUUAUUAUCCAAUAUUAUUAUUAUCUUAUGUACCACACCAUAAUAAUCCCAAAUAGCCCAUCUAAUAAGAAAUUGUCAUAUAGCAUUAUUCAUUAUUAUUACUACAUAGUUAUUAUUUUGUGACAGCUUCUUGGUGUGAGUUCUGGAAAAAAAAUGCUUCAGUGCCGGCAGCAGCUUUUUGGGCUGUCCAUACGUCCAUCUGUACAUCUGUCACUCCCAUUCUCAUGAACGCAAUAUCUCAAUUUGAGGGAAUUUCGUCAGAUUUGAUAAUAACAUUCAGCAUUUUCUCUAAGUCUGUGGAAGGCUAGGAGCUUCUAUAUGAUAGGGGAGGGUUUAACAUUGCUCCAAGUCCUUCAGCUAGUCCUACUAUUAAAUCUACACAAAUUUGGAAAGGGUAACGGCGAUAAUAAAUAAACAACAUCCAUAAAGCUACAAAGACAAAACUUGCUAAAUAAAUUCACUGGGAACCAACGUCAACCAUUAGAUUUAGGAAAAGUCCUUAAGUUAUUUUUGCUCUCCACAAUGAUUUUAGAUUAAUUUGGCGUAGGUGCAGCAGCCAAAAUGGUAGGGAAAACCCUAAUAUUCACUUGAACUCAAGGAUGAACUGAUUAGAUUUUGGUGGUCAAAGGUGACAAAACAUGUUUUUUGGCCUAGUGAAUGCAACUUCUCAAGAAUGCUUCAAGGAAAAUCCUUCCAAAUCUGGCACAAGGAUGAACUGUCACUGUGACAAAACUUUUCUUGGCCAUAACUUAUGUAUUGAUACACCAAUUAACUGUAACUGGACUGAAGACAGAGACAUACAUUGUUGUUUGCUUUGUUUUUUGCUUGUUCAUUGCAGACACACAACCUACCACUUUUAAUAGAGGUUACUAAUGUACUUAUACCUGUUGAAACUUUGUUAGGUCUCAUAAUGCUUUCACACCUGUUUGUUUCUUGGCUUCAGGAGGUUUUUGGUAGGUUGUUUUAAAGAUGUUCAAAGUAAUUGCCAAGUAAGUUAAAGCUAGCUGGUCGUCCAGGUGGUAGUUGAGGGCAAGCAAAGGAUGUGGUAUUCAGAUUGUUUGAGUAGAAACUGCAGUGUUUGUCAGAGCAUUUUCAUGUAGUGAUAGUGAUAUGUCCUGUGUCCUGUGUGUUUUUAUCUCUGCACAUUUGUUGGUUAUUUGUUUGUAAAUGUGUGUAAUAUGUGCGUACCUGUGCUCAUCACUGACCAGUUCAAACAUCUAAACACUGAAAUCUUUUUAUUUUGUAGCAUUAACAGCAUGUGAAGCUAGAUCUUAUUGAGAUUUUUUGUAAUUUUGUUACUAACUAAUAUUCACUACCUUGCCUGCAAAACAUAAGAAGAGAAAUGAGAUAAAGAAAGUAAAGACAACAAAGGACAUUUUCACAUUUAUGUAUAUAUCCAGAAUUCCCCCAUAACCAUGUAUACAUCUUUUUAUUAAAAGGUUUAGUUUCAAAUAAAUAUGUGUUCUUUCUGCUACGUAAACUCAGUUUAUAAUUGUAUUUGUCUGUAUUAUAACACAUUAGUGUGGAUUCUCUUAAAAUGAAUAUUGAAUAAAAGUCACAAGUUUAUCAUUGGCAGAG